AUCCCAGUGCAUUUCUCAGUAGAUUGACAGAGCCGCUAAGAUGGCUGAUAUUAAAGAAUCUCCGCCACUAUUUGACACCAAUGAAACAAAAGUUGACGAUUUAGACGACGACGAUGAAGAUAUUUUUGCGUCAGCAAUGCAGGACCAAAGUCAGUUGGAAGAUUCUUCUCCCUACAAUGGAGUAUCAACAAUUCAGGCAGAAUUACCAAAGUUAACAUUACGAGAUGCACCUGAAGAAAAUUCAUUUUCAUCUGUAUCAAGUCCUGCACCAGGACCUUUAAGCUCACCCCUGGGACCAAUGAGUAGCGACAUAGGUGAUCUUCAUGAUGUUCCCAUAAAUGAUAACACAGAUGUACUCUCAACAAAUGCUAUGCAAAGUCAAUCAGUUGAUGUGGUAUCGACAGAUUCAUCCGACGUUUUUCUAAAAAUCACAGUAACUUCUCCUCAGAAAAUAGGAGAUGGUAUGGGUGCUUACGUUGCCUACAGGGUCGAGACAAAGACAAACAUGCCAAUAUUUAGAAAAAGAAACUUUAGUGUUAUUAGACGCUUCAGUGAUUUUCUUGGCCUUCAUGAUAAAUUAACAGAUAAAUACCUUAGAAAUGGUAGAAUAAUUCCUCCUGCUCCAGAAAAGAGUGUUAUUGGAACGACUAAAAUAAAAAUGUCUGGUGAUAAGAGCCAGGAACAGAAUUCUAGUUCUACAGAAUUUAUCGAAAGACGUAGAGCAGCACUUGAAAGAUAUUUAAACAGAACUGGAGCUCAUCCUGUGCUUAGUGUUGAUCCUGAUUUUAGAGAAUUUUUAGAAGCAGAUAUGGAAUUACCUAAAGCUACUAAUACAUCUGCACUUAGUGGUAAAGGAGUGAUGAGACUUUUCAGCAAAGUUGGAGAAACUGUUAACAAAAUUACAUAUAAAAUGGAUGAAACUGAUAAAUGGUUUGAAGAAAAAACAUCACAAAUUGAUUCUCUUGAUGUUCAAUUACGUGCAUUACAUUCUGCCGUUGAUACUCUAACUAAUCAGAGAAGAGAAUUAGCUACAUGUACUGGCGCAACCGCAAGAUCUAUUGCUGUUCUUGGUCAUGGUGAACCAGGAGCGUCUCUUGGAAGGGCAUUAGCUCAGUUGGCUGAGACAUUGGAAAAAGUGGAAGUGAUUAGAAGAGCACAAAGCAACAGUGAUCUUUAUCAGUUUGCAGAAAUGUUAAGGGAUUAUGUUGCACUUAUUGGUGCAAUAAAAGAUGUAUUUCACGAACGAGUAAAAGUUUUUCAAAAUUGGCAACAUGCUCAAAUAAUGUUAAAUAAAAAACGGGAACAGAAAGCAAGGCUGGAACAAUCUGGUAGAACUGAUAAAACAAGUCAAGCGGCUACUGAAGUUAUAGAAUGGGAAGCAAAGGUUGAUAGAGGACAAGAAGAAUUUGAUAACAUUUCAAAAAUGAUUAAAAAGGAAGUUGAACGGUUUGAACUAGUAAGAGUGGAGGAUUUCAAAAAACAAUUAACAGAAUAUCUGGAGUCCAUGUUACAGUAUCAAAAUCAACUUAUUAAAUACUGGGAGAGCUUUUUGCCUGAAGCACGAGCAGUUGCAUGAACAUUCCCGAAAUAAUAAUGAAAUUCUUUUUAAUAUAAAAAAAAAGGAAAAUUAU